UUCAUUAAUAGUAAACAAAUCGUCAUGAAAGUCGCCUGAGAGGUACAUGACCGCGACUGAGUCAUUCACCAGCCAUGGCAGCAGCAGCAGGGCCUCCCAAGAUCCCAAACUACAUCAUCGCCGAGAAAAUAGGGUCAGGGAGUUACGCAGACGUGUACAAAGCUUAUAAGAAGGGCGUCACGAGAGAGGUGGCGGCCGUCAAGUGUGUCACCAAGUCUACGCUGUCCAAAUGGGCAUUGGACAACCUGGUAUCUGAAAUUGGUAUAUUGAAGAAGCUGAAACAUGAACAUAUCGUGGAGAUGAAGGACUUCGUGUGGGAUGACAACUACAUAUAUAUCAUAAUGGAGUACUGUGGUGGCGGUGAUCUCUCGCAUUUCGUCAAGUCUAAGCAGCGGUUGCCGGAAGCUGUGUGCCAGAGGUUCCUGCAGCAGCUCGCCUCGGCCCUAAGAUACCUAAGGAGCCAAAAUGUCAGUCACUUGGACCUGAAGCCCUCUAACAUCCUCUUGAGUUCGAAGAGAAACCCCAUACUUAAGAUUGGGGACUUCGGUCUCGCGCAACACAUGCCCGAGGAGGAUACCAGCAGCACGAUGAAGGGCAGUCCUCUGUACAUGGCCCCUGAAAUUGUGCUGAAACGGCAGUACGAUGCCAAAGUUGACUUGUGGUCCGUUGGUGUUAUUCUCUACGAGUGCCUGUUUGGGAAAGCGCCGUAUUCCUCCAAAACGCUGCAAGAGUUGAUUGACAAGAUAAAGCUGGAUAAGCCCAUCGAGGUGCCUUAUGGUACAAACAUAUCACCAGAAUGUAGAGACUUGUUGCAGCGUUGCCUUGAGCGAGAUGUCAGUAAGAGGAUUGAUUUUGAAGAUUUUUUUGCUCAUCCAUUUGUUGACCUGGAACAUAAAGCAGGACCUGAAAGCCUAAACAAGGCAACGGAACUUCUGACGUCUGCAGUGAACUUUGAUGAGUGUCAAGAAUUUGAGGAAGCAUUUAGGCACUAUAGCAAAGCUCUGCAGUAUCUUGUUCCAGUUCUUCACGUUGAGAGGGAUUCUGUGAAAAGAAGUGCCUUACGUCGCAAAAUCACAGAAUACUUGAAGAGAACGGAAUCGCUGAAGAAAAUCAUAAACUGCGAUAAGGACGGCAUCAAGAACAUUAGAGUUCCAACCAUAUCGAGGCAAGAUUCAAGCCCAUCAACCACAUACCAAGGAAACCGUGAGGAAUUGAUUAGGUUAUCAGGAACAACACCGCAGAUUAUAGCUGCCAUGGAGAUUGCGACGACAGGCGACAUGUAUGCUCAGGAGGGAAACUAUGCAAUAGCCCAAGAAAAAUAUGAGCUUGCCUUAGGGAAACUCUUAGCCCUGAUGCAAAAUGAGCCAAAGGGAAGGAGAAAAGAACUUCUCCGAGAAGAGAUAGAGAGGUGGAUGUCACAGGCAGAGGUUGUCAAAGACCUUAAGGAAGGUGGCACAUCUAAAGAAGCUGGUGCUAGUACGAAUAAUGAAGGUUAUGAUGAAAAGGGAUGCUUUCUACAGUAGCAGGGUAAAAGCUUUAUAAUAAAGUGCAAUGGUUAUGUUACACCCCACUAGUCAGUUUAUAAGCCUCUUGUUCAUUCCAUUCUGUUUACUACAAUAAUGUGAACUAUUUGAUUCCUUAUUCAGGAUCACUUGCUUCUUAACCAUGACAGUUAUCACUUGUAACUCUUUACAUACAAGAAAAGUAUUGAACUUAUCACAAGUCAUAAAGCAAGAUAUAUUUGAUAUGUAAAUUGGAUUACUAUAUAAGGUUACUUACAUGAAAUGCAAGUAAUUUUCACAAUGGCCUUUCAAACAUUAUAUAACUAUGUAUUUAUUUUAGAAUAAAAAAAGAUAAAUAUACUUCGAACCUGUGAUAAUGGAUGCUGGUGGUUUAGUGUUCAUUUUCAUAUUUCCUGUGAUUUUUCUGUUAUUUGUUACUGAUGUGUUAAUGUUGAUUGUACAGCAUCAUAUUUUCCUAAUGAGUAUUCACUUUAAUUAAGCAAUCUGAAAACAGUAUUGUGCCAUUUAUGUUAGAAUAAAAGUCUUGUCUUUUUUUUUAAUUUCACUGCAGGACACUUCCUCUUGUAUGAUCUUUUUUAUUGAGGUUCUUCCAUUUUAUACUUUUACACCAUUCAUUUUCUUCAAGACUAAGUAUAGAAAAAUGUUGUUGGUUGUACAUGAACCGUCCAGAGGAACUGUAAAUUUAUUUUAUGCUGAAGAUGUAUUGGAAACAUUAAACUAAACCACAAGAUAACACUAUUAUGGCUUCAUUUUUUGAAGACUAUAUUGUAGGCUGAAAAUGUAAUUGGUUCUAGCAGAAAAAAUAAUGUGUUAAUAAGUAUUCAAGUUACAGGAGAACAGAUAUUUUUUGGAUGCAAUUGACUAUGAAAAUAUAGUUUAAUGUAUCAUAGUUGAUGUAAAACCAGCUGUGAAACAAAAAAAUUGAUGUCCUUUUUUUCUUAUUGCUGGAGAAAUACAUUAUUUAAAUAAUUGAUGUGGAACUAAGAGCAGUCUGACCUGUAGAUAUAUAUUUUGUAGGGGUGGGUGUUGAUGAUCAAAGAUAAUUUUGAAAUAAAGGGAUGGUAGAGAACGUGUUACUAGUCUUAAAAUAAUGCUAUCUCAUUACGAAGCAUCCCAUAUAUGUAAAACAUACAAAAAAAAAAAAAAAAAGUACACAAAGGAAUCAUUUUCAAUAUUCAUGUAAAAAUAAAAAAGGUAUGAAUGAGAAUGAAUAUCUUCACAGUACAAGAGAUGCAUUUGACUGGUUUCAAUUAUAUCUUUGUCAGAAAUGCAUAAUUUUGUCAACAUGGAUACAGUUUAUGUGAAAAUAUACAUAGGCAUUGCAUCAUAUUUACUGCAGGAGGAAUGUCAUUUCAUAGAAAUGAAAGAAUGGUUGGUAUAAGUCGAAACAACCAUUUUGCAGCUCCUACCCAUUUUUAUAAUUCAGUGUGUUUGUUUUAAUCUUGUUAUGAUUACAGGUUAUGUGCUUGUUAAAAGAGGAAGGGAUCAUUUGAUUUAUUAUAAAACCUAUGUAUUUUAAUGGAUAAGGAGUUUUAAUAAAUUUAUGAAUCACG